UGUGUGGUAGAUAUCCCGACUGUGCUGCACCUGCGCAUUGGCCACACACUGUUGCCUGUGGCCUGGCCUCUACUUGUAUACGCGUCCUUGCUCACUGCCAACUGCACACAGUCAACUACAAAGAAGUUCAUACUUGGUGCGAUCGGGGCGGAGGAACACCCAGCUUGUGUGUGGAUGAUUGCUUAUUGCCAUUGGCACAACCAGCAAGUUUUGAUGUGAGGACCUUCUUGCUACCGUUUUGGGCGGCGCAAGAAUACACCAACGCUCUUGUGAGGUGCAUUUUGGAGCGCGCGUUGUGCACUGUCGUGGUGGUCAACACAUCGUGCAGUAGACGGGGGUUAUCUUUCACUUUGCUUGCUUUCAGUUUCACUGUCUUGGCGUGCGGUGGCCGCAUGAUAUCAGUGUUGGCGUACAGAGGUGGCUCGGCGGAGUGUCAGGGAUAACAGUACAGUUAGUGAAGACAGUGUUGUUCGUGGAAGAAGGAGAUGUGCCGUUACAUAUGUAGCUGAGGGUGGCAGAUCAAGUUACUAAAUCAGCACAUCUCAUCAGAACGAAGAGUAACGGAGUUCACGGUGACGUGUAUACUAGUAGUGUGCACUCUUGAACGGCUCUCCCCUGCGAGAGCGUCGUCAUAUUCAGAGUAGCGUUGCCAGUGUCAGUGAUCACGAUGAUCCAACUCAGACGGAGAGUACGAAACGGCGGUGAUGGUGGUGGAGGAGAGAUGUUCACUCUUCCUGGACUCAACGUUUGGACCGUGUGCGUGUGCUUGAUAGUACUAGUGACGAUAGAGACAGUCCUGGCCUGCCCAGGCCAGUGUCAGUGUAAUAACGGUCAGGUUCGAUGUCAAGGCGCUGGACUUCGCUCCUUACCGCAGGGAAUACCCCAGCAUGCCAGCCUAUUGGAUCUUCAAGACAACUUCAUCAAUGAGCAGACAUUGAGCAUGCACGGUAGAGGUGGUCAGCUGAGAAAUUCUAUGCUCCUUCACAUUAUACUGGAGAACAACCACUUCCGGGUUCUGCACAGCAAUGUGUUUGCCGCUAUCAACGGCCGCGCCCUGGCUAUACUGAAUCUGCAGAAUAACUGGAUCGCACAGAUUGCGGGUGGUGCCUUCAGGAACUUUGGCAACCUACGUCAGCUGCUGCUGGGAAACAAUCGUCUUCAAGCAAUCUCGCCGGGUGCUUUCCAUGGUCUCAGGUCCCUUACAAGCCUACAAAUGGACCAGAACCUUCUGACUCACAUCCCUUUUGGCCUCUUCAACCCAACACCCCACAUCAUGGAACUGAGUAUUAGCCGUAAUAGACUUCAAGCGCUCUCUGGAUGUGUGUUUGCCAAUUUGUCCAUGCUUCGCGACUUGGAAUUGGAUCACAAUGCUUUGGGAAGAAUUGACGAGAAUGCCUUUGCUGGUCUGUCUAACAUGCGCAACCUGGACCUGGACCGUAAUCGCAUCACUACACUGCAAAGCUGUCUGUUUGCAGAUCUGGUUAGCCUUGUUACACUGGACAUCGAUCACAACUUGAUUCAACAGGUACACCCGAACGCCUUUGUAGGCCUCCAGUCCCUCCAGCAACUGAACAUAUUUCGCAACCGGAUCACAAAUCUACCGAAUGGUGUAUUUGCUGAGCUGCCGCAUCUCUACUACAUUGACAUCAGCCAAAAUGGGAUUAGUCAGUUAACACCGACAAUGUUCAACGACAUCAGCAACAUAUCUCUACGUCUGGAAGGCAAUCCUCUCCUUUGCAACUGUGCCUUGCUCUGGCUGCAAUGGCUGGCAUGGGGCAAUCAGAACAGUCAGAACCACCAGUGGCAGAGCAACUGGGGUAACAACAACAACAAUGGCCAGCAGCACCAGGUUGAAGGUGCUGUCUGCUUCUCACCACCGCAGAUGCAGGGCAACAACCUGGAUGGUUCGCAAAUACAAUGCAAUCUACCACGAUCCAUGACCGUUAUGCCGGCUCAGCUAGUCAUUCGUCCUCGUGGCAGUGCUCAUUUUGUCUGCUUGCAGGCGGUACAGGGCCAUGAAGUGCAGUGGAUGCGCAAUGGCCAGCACAUUCAGCACAGGCCAAACGUCAUCAUGAACGAAGGCCUGCUGAGUAUUCGACAUGUGACACAGCACGAUGCAGGACGUUACACAUGUACCUCUCACGGACAAAACGGCAACACUGGGCACAUGGGUGGUCAGCCGGGAAUGCCCGCGUUUGGUCCUGGUGUGGGCAUGCCCCCUGGAGGUAGGGGCAUGCCCCCUGGAAGUGUGGGCAUGCCCCCUGGAGGUAGGGGCAUGCCCCCUGGAGGUAGGGGCAUGCCCCCUGGAGGUGUGGGCAUGCCUGGAGGUAGGGGCAUGCCCCCUGGUGGAGGUGUGGGCAUGCCUGGAGGAGUAGGUCAACCAGGAAUGGUCAUGGGUGGACCGGGCAUGCUUCGGGGUGGAGGCUUCUCUGGUAGUCCUGGACAGUUGCAGAAUCAUUUUGGACGGCUGGAGCCACUUCAGGUACAGUCAACAAAGGAACCCGCACUUCAAGUGCAGACAGGAAAGGACGCAGCAAAGGAACCACUUCAAGUGCAGACAGGAAAGGAACCAGCAAAGGAGCCACUUCAAGUACAACAGGCAAUGCCUCCCGGACAACAAGGCGCAGUGAGUCAAGGUGCGCCUGCCGGAACGCUCACAGUUAGAAACACACGCCCUGCAAGUCAUAUGUGUACGGCGGCUGCCACAACACUCUCACAACCUGGUAACCAGCGACGAGCGACACUGAUUGCAAGAUGUAGCUCAUACUCAGGACCUGCUCACGCUCAACAGCCAAACAUCCUGGCCCACGGUGGUGAUGUUCCUGUUGAUGGUGGUGGUGCGAUGCCACCAAACCUACCCGGAUGGUCAGCAUGUGGUCCUGAUUGUAGAGGAACAGCCACGAGAUGGCGUCCUUCCAGCUGGCUCCUACUUUGCAGCAUGUUCAUCUCUCUGUUAGUGCAGCGUGCAAACCGGCUUGGCUUUCCUGUACCGUUUGUGACUUGAACAGCAAUUGUGCGAUGCAGUCACAAACACAUUGAGCAAUGUAAUGUCGCAUUGCCUGGUACAUCACCACAGCAUUAAUUCCUGAGUACCUUGAGAGUCUUGAUGAUGUUGAGUGCCGAGAUAGCUUGGCUGUAACUGAUCAUUCUUCAGCCAGUGAACGGUCGGCAGUGGAGACCAAUCAGCUUGCUCCUUGAGCUCCGGCUUAUUUCUUAUUUCCUGUCAGGCUUUACACUGAUCAUUCUUCACACACUAGGCUAUCAUGCGGUGACUUGAUUGAGUUCUACCUUGUCAGUGACCAUUCUAAUUAUACAAUGUACUGGAUGUUUUGGUAGAGGUCCUCUUGUAUAUCAAGCUGAGGAUACAACUGUUGUAGUAUCAUACUGCCUGAUGCUCAUUAUUAUUUUUUGAAUGAUCACACACCUUGAAUCUCAA